AUGGACCUCUGUCGAACGACUGCGUUACCGGGCGUCCUUGUCUUCCACUUCGAUCUUUGCCAUGUGCAGGUUGAUUUCGUUCAGAAAGCUCGCGAUGCUGCCAAUCAGGUGGCUGAGGCGGCCAACAAGGUCUCCGAGAGCGUGCAGGCCGAGUACAGGCGGACUUUUGAGGAGCUCGACUGUCAGAUCUACACCUUGCAACCAGACCUGGUCAUCAUGGAGUACCCGGGCAUAGAGACCAUUGAGCGGCUAGCAAAGCGGCUCAAUGAGUCGUAUUCUCAGAAAAUGUUAAUCUUUGACUUCUCAGAGGAGCCCUACGAAAGCAGCAAGUUUGAUGGCGAGGUCGUCGGCAUCAACCUGCAGAAGAUGGAAGUGCCGCCGCUGAAGUUGGUGGCGGAGCUCUGUCUUACGGCUAGCCAGUGGCUGGCGACUGACUCGGGUCACCUUCUGGUGCUGCACUGUGUGAGUGGCAAAGAAGGGUUUUGGGCAGGCACCGAAACCUUCAACAACUCAAGCUACGGCCGGUCCGGGCUUUUUGGAGGCUCUGCAGGCCAUCGCCGAACGGUUGCCUCUGCGGAUGCUACCAUCGCAGCAGCGAUACCUUGGACUCCUGGCGAACUGGUCAGCUCACCGCAGCCGGAGAUCUCUUCUCCAAAGCUGGUCAUACCGAAGAUAUCCGGAUACUUCCACCAGUUCCUGGAGGCAAAAAGGCACUACGCCGCAGCCAAAGCGCUUGCGCUUGUCCAAGGAAGUGUUGCUUUCAGACCCUUCAUCGAAGUGUGGGUCGCUGGAGAGCUGGCCUACUCCUCCUUCAAAGGUGGAAAGAGUGAUGAGGCCGUGUGGCCCAGCAGCUACGCAUCCAGUGAUUCCGUGGUGGCUUUUCUGCUGCCUGGACAGCUAGUCGUCUCAGGGGACGUGCUGAUCCAGGUUUUUCACCUCUACUUGGAUGCUAAGCGGGAGCUAGCAAUGAAGCUGGCUUUCCACACGAACUUCGUCACAGAAGGUCUGCAACUCAGCAAGUUUGAACUCGAUGCAGCGUGCAACGACGAUCGGUUUACCGACGACUUCUUCGUGGACCUGGUCUUCGAAGAGGUGCCGAGAAACGAAGACUCAACGGAGGAAGAAGAGAAGGUGCAGCAAGCGGCAGCCGAGGAUGCCCUAGUUUUCGAGAAGGCCCGUGCCGCAUCUGCAGAGCUCCGCGAGCAGGAUGAGAAGAAGCGGGCGCAGGCUGCGGAGGCACAGGGAGCGGAGGAGGGCGACGUGGAGGCUGAGCUCGAGGCCAUUCUUCGUGAUGCUCCCGCAGAGGGGUCCCCUAAAGAUAUGGCCAAUGGGGGAGGAGGUCAGGAUGACGACAAGGAGCUUCGCCAGGCGCUGGCUGCAGCCGCCGAGGAGGAGCGGAAGGUGGAAAAGUCAGUCGAGAAGGCCGCUGACAAAGCAUCAGCUCCUGUGCAAUCCGCCGAUAAGCCGACGGUGAAGUCUGCAGAGAUUGAUAAUCUUUUCAGUGAGUUUGAUGCAGUCCUGAAAAGUGGCACGAAAGGUGAUGCUGCAGCGAAAGGUGGUGGCUACAGCGAAAGCUCUUCGAAACCAGCGGCUUCCACAAGCAAAGUCGCUGAGAAGAAGGACAUGUUCGCCGAAGUGGACGACUUUCUAAAAGAGCUAGAUGGCGGCACGGGCAGCGGCAGCAAGUCGCCUGCAAGCUUCGGUGACACAGUGAGCGAAUGGCGAGGGCACGUGUGCAAAGCAAAAUACACCGUGGACUGUGUAAAGACCGGCGAAGGUCGCUCGACGACGAGACACGCCGGGCACCAGAAUCCCGAGUUCUGUUGUUCAACGAAGGACGUGUGGCGCCAUUCAUCCAGCCACAUGUGUGCCAAGGAGGGUUUGCCAGCGGACCUGAAGUGUGAGGUCUUGUAUGGCUUCCACCCGAAGGCUGCGGCUCGGGACUGGGACAGCCACGCCAAGUUCAGCGCCUUUGGCAAACGCAAGGGGUGUAGCCGCACGACAUGUUGUAGAGCUGGCGCAGAAGAGACCUUGACUCUGGUCCUACUGGUUGUGGUCGUCAUGGCCGUCGUGGUGCUCUUUCAUUGUUUGGGAUUCUUCGCUGGCAUCAUGGUUGGGAUCAUGCUGGAGAUGAUAUCAGCUGACGAUGUGGUCGGCACCUCGUUGGACAGGCACUGGUGGUACUCGCCGCAGACGGCUAUCCACGUGCGAUACGUUCUACACCGGCUCGGCGGCCCUUUCGUCGCAAUUUCGAUAUCGGUUUCGAAUGCGGCGCUGCGAGCCCACGGCGGCAAUGCAGAGAAGGCGGCCUCCGAGGCCCUCGAAGAGGACGACUGUGCGGAAGAGCUACGUGAGCGGCUGCUGCGGCUGGUGCCAGUCGUAGGACUGCCGUCGUCAUUGCUGUACCCGCUGUGGAAGCUGCUUCGCAGGACGUGCCUGGUGGCCAGCCUCUUUGGGCAUGACCUCCAGCAGGAGUCCGUUUUGGCCGAGGUCCUGUUAGCGGCCGCAGGACUUGGGGCAACGCCGGCAGGCGAGCGACGCCUUGAGAUGGCCGCCAAAGCACUCUGGCAACGCAUCGCGGGGCGCUGGGCAAAAUCCUUGCCUGUGGCAGCUCUCCUAGCCCAGCUUCUGGAUCUCCAAGGCGUAGCCGACAAUUUGGUGUUGCAACAUUUCCGCGAUGGGCCUGGUGUCCAGGACUUCUGA